CAGCCUUUGCCGGUCUUUCCACCACCUUAGGGGUUUGGCAGGCAGAGCGAUAUCACCCUCUCAAUGAAAAGGCAGAUGUCCCUUUAAGGUCUGCUUUUCCGGCCCGUGGACUUUAGCCUAAAACAGGACCCGCGAGUCUGGCUUUAUUUGUCCAUGUCUCGGACAGAGCCUGGGAGGCUUGCCAGUGAGAUUUUCGACUGAAAGCACGAAGGAGCGGACGAUGUGGCAAUCCGUUUAGGAGGUGAAAAGCGUGCAGCCAAUUUAAAGGAUUUUGACCAAAAGACAGGAAAUCACUUCUCAGCCGCUCCCGGGCUGUGUGACCGGCCGGCGCAGAGGACGGAGACACGCGCAGACCGCGGAGUGGCCCGGAGCUCGCGGCGUCGGUGCCUGGUGCUGCCCCCCGGACAAGUACGUUCUCGGGGCGCUGUUGUGGCUCCAGCCAUGGUCCCCCGGCGCGCUGCCCGCCCAGAGGUUGCUGUCGCCUGCUUAUGGCUUCUCACCGGCUUCUGUGUAUCCUUCAAUGUGGAUGUGAAAAAUUCAAUGAGUUUCAGUGGCCCAGUGGAAGACAUGUUUGGAUAUACUGUUCAACAAUAUGCAAAUGAAGAAGGAAAAUGGGUGCUUAUUGGUUCUCCUUUAGUUGGUCAACCCAAGACCAGAACUGGAGAUGUCUAUAAGUGUCCAGUUGGGAAAAGUGAUAAAAGGUGCAUAAAGUUGGAUCUACCAGUUAAUACAUCAAUUCCCAAUGUCACAGAGGUAAAAGAGAACAUGACAUUUGGAUCAACUUUAGUCACCAACCCAAAAGGAGGAUUUCUGGCAUGUGGGCCCUUAUAUGCCUAUAGAUGUGGACACCUGCAUUACACAACUGGAAUCUGUUCUGAUGUCAGCCCCACAUUUCAAGUCGUGAACUCCUUUGCCCCUGUACAAGAAUGCAGCUCUCAGCUGGACAUAGUCAUAGUGCUGGAUGGUUCUAACAGUAUUUAUCCCUGGGAAAGUGUUACAGCUUUUUUAAAUGAUCUUCUGAGAAAAAUGGAUAUUGGUCCUAAACAGACACAGGUUGGAAUUGUACAAUAUGGAGAAAAUGUAACUCAUGAGUUCAACCUUAAUAAAUACUCAUCUACAGAAGAGGUACUUGUUGCAGCAAAAAAAAUAUUCCAGAGAGGUGGCCGCCGGACUAACACAGCCCUUGGAAUAGACACGGCAAGGAAGGAGGCAUUCACUGAAGCCCGAGGUGCCCGGAGGGGAGUAAAAAAAGUCAUGGUUGUUGUGACUGAUGGAGAGUCACAUGACAAUUAUAAACUGAAUAAGGUCAUCCAGGACUGUGAAGAUGAAAACAUUCAGCGAUUUGCCAUAGCUAUUCUUGGCAGUUAUAACAGAGGAAAUUUAAGCACAGAAAAAUUUGUAGAGGAAAUAAAAUCGAUUGCAAGUAAACCCACUGAAAACCAUUUCUUCAAUGUCUCUGAUGAAUUGGCCCUGGUCACUAUUGUUAAAUCUCUGGGAGAAAGAAUAUUUGCCCUGGAAGCUACAACCGACCAGUCAGCAGCUUCAUUUGAAAUGGAAAUGUCUCAGACUGGCUUCAGUGCUCAUUAUUCACAGGACUGGGUCAUGCUUGGGGCAGUAGGUGCCUAUGACUGGAAUGGAACAGUUGUCAUGCAGAAGGCUAAUCAAAUCAUAAUCCCUCAAAACACAACCUUUCAAGUUGAGUCUACCAAAAUGAAUGAACCUCUUGCUUCUUAUUUAGGUUACACAGUAAACUCUGCCACUGCUUCUGGGGAUGUGCUCUAUGUUGCGGGACAGCCUCGAUACAAUCACACAGGCCAGGUCAUUAUCUAUAGGAUGGAAGAUGGAGACAUCAAGAUUCUCCAGACACUCAGAGGAGAACAGAUUGGCUCCUACUUUGGCAGUGUUUUAACAACAACUGACAUUGAUAAUGAUGCUAACACUGACAUCCUUCUUGUCGGAGCUCCUAUGUACAUGGGAACAGAGAAAGAAGAACAAGGAAAAGUAUAUGUGUAUACUCUGAAUCAGACAAAGUUUGAAUAUCAAAUGAGCCUGGAACCAAUUAAGCAGACUUGCUGCUCAUCUCUGAAGCAUAAUUCAUGCACAAAAGAAAACAAAAAUGAGCCAUGCGGGGCUCGUUUUGGAACAGCUAUUGCUGCGGUAAAAGACCUCAAUCUUGAUGGAUUUAAUGACAUCGUGAUAGGUGCUCCCCUGGAAGAUGAUCACGCGGGAGCUGUAUACAUUUAUCAUGGCAGUGGCAAAACUAUAAGGAAAGAGUAUGCACAACGUAUUCCAUCAGGUGGGGAUGGCAAGACACUGAAAUUUUUUGGCCAGUCUAUCCAUGGAGAAAUGGAUUUAAAUGAUGAUGGUCUGACUGAUGUGACAAUUGGGGGCCUUGGUGGUGCAGCCCUUUUCUGGUCCCGAGAUGUGGCUGUAGUUAAAAUCACCAUGAAUUUUGAACCCAAUAAAGUGAAUAUUGAAAAGAAAAACUGCCACGUGGAGGGAAGAGAAACAGUGUGCAUAAAUGCUAUAAUGUGUUUUGAUGUGAAACUGAGGUCUAAAGAAGACUCGAUUUAUGAAGCUGAUAUACAGUACCGUGUUACCCUAGAUUCCCUAAGACAGAUAUCACGAAGCUUUUUCUCUGGAACUCAGGAGAGAAGAAUUCAAAGAAACAUCACAGUUCGAGCAUCCAAAUGCACUAAGCACUCCUUCUACAUGUUGGACAAGCAUGACUUUCAGGACUCCGUGAGAAUAACUUUGGAUUUUAACCUUACUGAUCCAGAAAAUGGGCCUGUUCUUGAUGAUUCUUUACCAAAUUCAGUACAUGAAUAUAUUCCCUUUGCCAAAGAUUGUGGAAACAAGGAAAAAUGUAUAUCUGACCUCACCCUGGAUGUAUCCACCACAGAAAAGGGCUUGUUUAUUGUCAGGCCCCAGAAUGACAAGUUCAACAUUAGCCUCACAGUCAAAAAUAAAGGUGACAGUGCUUAUAACACCAGAACAAUAGUACAAUAUUCUCCAAAUCUAAUUUUUUCGGGAAUUGAGGGGAUCCAAAAAGACAGCUGCGAAUCAAAUCAUAACAUCACAUGUAAGGUUGGAUAUCCUUUCCUGAGAAGAGGAGAAAUGGUAACUUUCAAGAUAUUAUUUCAAUUUAACACAACUUAUCUCAUGGAAAACAUGUUCAUCCAUUUAAGUGCAACAAGUGACAGUGAAGAACCUUCUGAAACACUUUUUGAUAAUGAAGUAAAUAUUUCUAUCCCAGUAAAAUAUGAAGCUGGACUACAGUUCUACAGUUCUGCAAGUGAAUACCAUAUUUCAGUUGGGGCCAAUGAAACUGUCCCUGAAGUAAUUAAUUCUACUGAGAACAUUGGAAAUGAAAUUAAUAUCUCCUACUUGAUUAGAAAAAGAGGGCAUUUUCCAGUGCCAGAACUUAAGCUGUCAAUUUCAUUCCCCAAUUUGACAUCAGAUGGUUUUCCUGUGCUGUACCCAAGUAGAUGGUCAUCCUCUGACAAUGCAAACUGCAGGCCUCAUAGCCUGGAGGAUCCUCUUGGUAUCAACUCUGGAAAGAAAACAAUUAUAUCAAAAUCUGAAGAUCUCAGACGAGGCACACUUCUGGACUGCAGCACGUGUAAAUUUGCUACCAUCACAUGCAAUCUCCUUCCUUCUGACAUGAGUCAAGUGAAUGUUUCGCUCAUCUUGUGGAAACCAACUUUUGUAAAAACACAUUUUUCCAGCUUAAAUCUUACAAUAAGGGGAGCGCUUCAAAGUGAAAAUUCAUCACUGGUUAUAGAUAGUAGCAACCAAAAAAGAGAGCUUGCUAUUCAAAUAUCCAAAGAUGGUUUACCAGGAAGAGUGCCAUUAUGGGUUAUUCUCUUGAGUGCUUUUGCUGGAUUACUGCUGUUAAUGCUACUCAUAUUAGCACUGUGGAAGAUUGGAUUCUUCAAGAGGCCACUAAAGAAGAAAAUGGAGAAAUGAAAUAUUUUUAAGAGAAAAGAAUAACAAUUAUUCAGUGACCUAUCCUCAGGUUUGCCUCAAAUAUGUGACAAAAAGUUUAUAAUAUAAUCAAAGGCACAGUCACAUAACUCAAUGUAAUCCAUCAGGGAUUAAUGACUCGGUAACUGACAGAUCAAGCAUGAUCCAAAAAGAGUAUGCAAAAUAUAUAUUUUAUAAAGCAAUGAAAAAUAUUUUAAAUACUCAUUUUUUUGAGUAAGCAAAAUUACAUAGUGUUUUAAAGAAGAAUAAUUUAUACAAAUAUGUUUAUAUCUUGUCACCAUCCAAAGUACAGUAUUUAAUGAAUGCAGAGAUUUCUGAUGAUUAAAACAUUUAGUUUUAAAACAAUAUAAAUUAAAAUUUUUUCCUGAUUCCUGAUGGAUGUCUGUAUUCAACUUGACAGCAUUUGUAAAUGCCAAGAAAUGAAUUACCUGAAAGAGAUAACUUCUUCCAAUUCAAAUGAGAAUAUUUUCCCCUAGUAGAGUCCAUAUACAAUAUGGACUGAAGAUAAAACUAAAUCACAGAGAUACAUUCAACAUCUUUGUGCUGGGUUUUGCAGUUGGAAAGGUUUUUUUGUUUUUUUGUUUCUUUUAAUAUGAUCGGAAAAUAGUGGAAUUGACCUGAUAUUCUAUAUAAGAUAGAAAUCAAGAUGGCAAUUGUUUAAAAACAAGUGCACUGAACAGAUUAAUUUAAACUUUUAAGAAACAUGCUUAAUUUUGAUAUUGAGCUCUAAAACAUGAAACUUUUUUUAUACAAAAAAACCCCACUUAAAGCAGAUCUGUAUAGCAUAACAGUGAUUUAUCAUGAAAGGCCACAUUGUAUGCGGGACUUGCCAAAAUGGUUUUGAAAUGGAACGUGUCAGGAUAGAUGGAGAACCCUGAAAUGCUAAAAUCAUUUGCCGAGCAGCUUCCAAGAUGUUACAGAAAAUAGUUUUCUCAACUCCUUGGUACAGGGUUCAUUUAAACCCCCAACCUCUGACAGUAUGUUUAUUUUUCAUUUUUUAAAAGGUAUUUAAUUUUCCAAACACAUUUCUUCUUUUCAAGAAAAGCCAGUGUUCCAUUUCAAUACUGCAUUUAACCAAAAAGUUACUUCAAUAUUUGAAUAGAGACCCAGAAAUGUAUUGUGAAGAAUUUUGGGUUUGAAGCUCAAACCAACGGAAAGAUAUCACACUUCUACGUGUGCUUCUUCAUUCUUGAAGUAAUCUUUGCAGCUCCUUGGACUCUGCUGAUGCAUUAAGCUUCUAAGCUGCUCCAUUUCUUAGGAAAAUAACAAUGAAUGAAUAUAUGUAACUGCAUGUGUGAACUGCUGCUGUAACGUUAUUUGCUGAUACUUCUUCAAUGACUCCUUUUCUCCACUUGAUUUACUGUCACAACCCAGCUUCUGCCAAUAUGUAGAAGGUGCUGAGCUUUGCUUUCCUCAUGAAAGAGAAAGUCAACAGAGAAACUAAAUACCAUGAGUUUAAUUUUUUUGAAACUGAUUUUAAAGGAAUUACCUUAAGACUCAGAGUCAGCCUACCUGUUGGCUCUCUACCUUUACAUCUAAAAUCCUGAAAAUCAGAAAUGCGUCUGGGGGAUGCCAACAAUAUCUGGUUAGAAAAAAGAAUAGCCGGGGAUUUAGCUCAGUGGUGGGUGCCACCGCCUGCCUCGCAAGCGCAAGGUUCUGAGUUCAAUCCCCGGUACCAAAAAAAAAAAAAAAGAAAGAAAAAAGGAUAAAUCUUUCUAGAGCUUGGCUGUCCUCCAACUGGUUUGUCAUUGUUCUGAAAUAAUUUUCUUUUGGAAUUUCUCUCUUCAGGAAGCAUUCUUUCUACCCACUUUUUCUUUCCCAACAAACUCCACACCAUAUUCCAGUAUGUGCUCACUUGCUCAGCAGCCCUGCUCUGAGCUCAGUACCUUAGAAGUAAAUCAGACAGAUAAAUUUAAGUCCUUAUUUGCAUGUAUGACUGAUAGACAAAGCAUUCAUUAAACUGUAACUGUGCAUAUUUAAACAAAAACAGAAAGGAAGACAUUUUGAAAUUUUUAGAAAACAGAGAAGGAGCUAUUUGGCCAGAUCAGCUAGCUUCCAUGGCCAUUUGCUUAAAACAAUUUCUAGCAUGAAUCAUUAUGGUUAUUAAUAGAAUAUGUAAUGAACCAGAGAUCCCAUUUCUCUAAUAUUAUAAUUUGCUGAGGUCUAUGUGAGUGUAAGUAUAUAUAUGCAUGCACGUACACAUGCAGAUUGAAUACAAAAUACCUAAAUAAUGCCGAAUGAAAUUAACACAUAAAAGCUUCACCAGAAAGAAAAGUUUGAUUCCUUCAUUUUUCAUAUAGUAUUUGUUUUUCAUUUAUAUUUGGGCUUAGCUGAUAUUCCUGCCAAAUACAAAUGCAGAGAGUUUGAUUUUAAAAAUAACAGUAAAGUUUCCAAAUUAGCUUUGUACAAAUGUCCUAUAACAUAUUUAUGAUUAGGAAAUAUGCUAAAUUCUAAUAUUUUAUUUUAAGACAAUAAGAAAAGUGGGUAGUAUUUAACACUAUUUGUGAAAUUAUAGGCUAAAUUAAAUUGCCAAAGACUGUUUUUCUUUACCUUUGAUAGUUUUUUAUAAUGACUACUGGCUUCUAUCAGGAACAUUACAGUCCCUUUCCUGACCAAACUUACAAUGGCAUAUUGGUAAAUUAUUUAACACCUUGCUCUCCAACAAGAAAAAAAAAUCCUUGAUUUUAUCAUUUACCAAUUUUCAUGAUUUAAAUACUCUCUCCAUAGGCAUUUUUCAGGCUACCAACAUAAUGAGCCUAACCAGCUUUUAAAAUUUCUCGAAAUGUGUCAAUCAGUUCUUCUGAACCAGUAUAAGCUGGCUUUAGCACACCCCUAAAAUAGAUCACGUAAUGGAUGGAUGGAUAGAUAGAUGUCUAUUUACAUGUUCAAAUACACACAAUGUAAUCAUAUUUAAAAUUAUGCUAAAAUGCUAAUUAUAUUAUACCAGUUGACAUAAUGUUACCUAGUUUCCCAUUCUUCAAUGUCAAUUUCUUAAAAUUAUAAUAUCUCUUUAAUAUUGAUAAAGUGACAUGAACUUGCAUAAGAGGAAAGGAAGGAAUUGAAAGCAACAAAAUGCAGUGAAAUGCAACCCACAGUGUAAAUCUGAUCUACUCAGCAGCCACAAAAAGGCUGUUUCACUCUCUCAAGGAAUCCACAGCCCUGCAAGCAAUAUUAUUAAAGGUCAUCCUUUAUAAAUAUUUUAACUUCUAUGAUAAAAUUUAAACUUCAAUGAUCAAAUUAUUUAAAAUAUUUUCCUCUGAGCAGUAGACUCAUUGGCAACUUAAUUCCUGAAUAUUUUCUGUGUUGCAAACACUUACUUGAGAAUAGGCUCUGGGAAGAGAUAUUUUUUCCAAAAUUUGAUGCUUAGAUAAUUAUAAUAAUUUUAUCUGUAAAUGUGUAUGUACAUUCACAUUCAUAUAUUUACAUAUAUAAAUACCCUCUUUUCCUUUUAUGAAACCAAGAUCUAAGCUCGAUUAGAAAACAGAAAUAUUUGCACUAAAAGAAAAAUAUUGGUUGGUGAUGAAGUAACACUGAGUUGGAGAAGAGAUUGUGAAAAGCCCUGGCUCUGUAGGGCCAUCUUUUGUACGCUGUGAGCAGCAGCUCAUCCACUUCCAGAUAGUGCAGUUUUCCAUGGGCAAUAUCCUGGUUGAACAUGCCAUCAACUCUGUGUGAACUGCCUGUCUUGUUCACACAACACUGGGCAAUCUAGAGAAGACUGGAGCCCAGAUCCUGUCUCAUGUGCUACCUGCACAUGACAUCAUUGUCCAAAUAAAGUGGCUUCUGGCAAGUAAAUGGCUAAAAAUCCUAUGCAUUCUUCAUUUGAUUUCUAAAACUUCUUAAGCACCUCACUCACCUCCCUUCAGUCUUCUACCCAAAUAAAGAUUUUCAGGAAAAACACUGAAGGAAACAUCUGUUAUUAAAGCAUGUGCUUUGUUUUCUGCAAAUGCCACUUCAGUGAGUUGAUUAUUUAUAUAGGAUUUCCAAGCUCAGAGUUGCCGUGGUAUAAUGUUGCAGGAACAAAGUGAAAUGUACUUCAGAUAUGCAACACUCUAAGAGAUUUACAAACUAUAUGGGACACCAUCAGCAAUGAUGCCAACACCCUACAAUUCCCAUCCUCACUGUGGAAAUAUUUUAAAAAACUGAAAAGAUGGGCCUUAACCUCAAAUUAAUAUCAUAUUUUGUAAUCAAGAUGUACCAUUGAAUUGCAAACAGCAGAGUGUUAUAUGCAAACACAACUUCAAGGUGAGUCCUCUUUCCAAUGAGACAGCUGUUCCAAAACUCCUUCCACACAGAAAUCCUGAAGCCACCACUGGACCUUAACUGUGUUAACACUGCAGUGAAAGGAAGCCCAAAGCACAUUCCAAAAUACUAUGGAUGGGGCCAGGAUCACUGCUCCAUGAGUGGUUGGUCAGGGUAAUUGCUCAUGUGUAGCAUAUGCAAAACCCUGGGUUUGAUCUUCAGCACCAAAAAAAAAAAAAGAGGGGACACUGCUACAUGCUGCUGUUUCCCAAAUGAAAGUACUGUUGUAAAAUGCUACUAUGUAGAACAAUAAGAAUGGUGUUAAACCGUAACAUUAUAAUCCAGUGAACACAUCACGGUCUUUUAUUCUCACAUUAAAAUUUACCUUAAAUUUGGAAAUUCAAAGUAACAGCCUUUUCACUAUCAGUCUUGAAUUUAGAAAUUCAAAGUAUCAGCCUUGUGGAAAAUGUAAAGUUGCGCAGAUUGGCUCCUAGUCCCAGCCUGAUUGUCCAGUGCACCAUCUGGCACCCAAGAUGUCCAGUUCCUAACUGAUGAAAAAUUAUAAAGCCCCCGAGUUGAACUCCUGAAUCUUCCACUGUUCUCCUGGAAAGAAGAGUAGCUUCUCUCUGACUCCCUGACUUGAAAGCAGCUCAUUUUGUUUUUGUUGCUUUAUAUAAAAAUCUUUCCCUGUGCUUUAUGAAUUUAAAACUUUACCCAGGCUUCCUUACAUUUCCCUCUUGCCACAUUCAGGAGAAUUUCAAUGCUAAGAGGACUGGGCAGCAGGAGCCAGAGCUUCUUUGCAGGAGCACUCGGCCUUCUGCUUUCCAGUUGGUAUUUUCUCUUUUCAACACAUCAUGGGGAUGCUUUGUUUUGAUUUGGGGCUUCCUCAGUAAGGUCAUUCCAUGCCUGUGUCUCUUGUAGGGCCUCGGUCUAUGGCCUGCUAUUUUUGUUGGCAAACAGAGACUCAGAAAUUCUUUCAUUAUCUGUCACCCCUUAGAAACUGGAGCACUGAACCAGGAGCCAAUGAAUGACAUUCAAAGCUGUGAUUACAUUUUUUUUUCCUUAUUUCAAAUAACAUUCUUAUUUUUAAAAAACAGUAAGUGUAGAAUUUUCUGAGCUGUGCUGCCACAGACUGAAUCUUAAUAUCUGUUCUUUUAUUUCAAUUUGAUUUAUGCAUGUACACUAGAGACAAAAUUUCUUAAAUAAAUCUUCCAAAUGACAACAGCAUGAAUGUCAGUUGAGCUCUUGAAUAAUUCCUUGUUGUCCUUACCUGUUCCCACCACUGGUUAUUAAGAGGUCAAGAAUGAUAGGAAGCUUUAUCUGUGAUAGAAUUACUACUUAAAAGACGAAGAAUCUAAACAGUGGGAGAGUUUGACAUCUGAAUGCAGAGUACUCCUGAUUGAGUCUUUAGCCACUAUGGAAACAGACAGCAGACCUGAGCUGCAGGAGAAAGCAUCAUUACUGAAGAAAACACUUGAAAAUCUGUAAUAAAUUAGAAGAGGAUGAAGCAAACAAGUACGAUGGUCACUGGGGGUUGAAAUGGUGAUAUUCUUUAAAAAAACCAAGUGGGGAAAAGUAAAGAUUAAUCUGUAACAUGCAUCAUUCCUUAGCUGAAAUUAAAAAAAAAAAGCCUUAGGAAAAAAAAAGAGGUCAAGAGAGAUUAAAUGGGAAGAGGUGAAGGAACAUAAUUUUUCCUUUCUUCCACAUAGCAGCCAAACAGGAGGAAGCCACCAGUGCCAGGUGAUAAUCUUUCUGUCAUGUUUCUGUAACAUUUUUCACCUUGAGAGACAAAAUAAAUGGGAAUGGGAAUGGGAGUGCACAUACAAGCAUUUUAUAAUUUAUAUCUGUGUCCUCACUCCUCAAACUUCCAUAAGCUCCCUGAGACCACAUGUAGGUCACCCACAAUACCAACACAUGUGCUUUGUUGGUUGAAUAAAACCAAAAGUACAUUACCUGACAUUAACCAGGGCUAAUAUCUGAAGUUUAACUCACUUUGAGCCCAAGUAAAAGCAGUCAUUUAAAGCAGUAACCCUUUAGAGCUUCUUCAUUCUGGAGCUAUUUCAUGUAAGAGAUCCUGUUAAACUAGUUUUUCACACCCCUACUACCCUAACUCAGGAUGCAACAGAGGCUCUGCAUUCCUGCUGGCAAACAUCAGCCCUAUGAACAGUAUACUGUGUGUCGCUACUGUGAGUCUGUAAAAUUGUUAAUGGACAGUAUAAACAAUUGAAUCCAAUUUAUUUAAAAAUAGUGCAUGUAAUAUGUAACUACUGCCCUGAAAUAACUAUCAUAUAAACAUACUUCCAAUAAAACUUUUCUGCAUGGUCUAACAUAAAGUAUAUUGCAUUACUCUUUAAAAAUAAUUUACUGUAGAUUAAACUCAUUAAAAUGAAUAAUUUAAAAGUAUGUGCAUUUCCGUAAGACUUUCGUUGGAUAAACUUAUUAGAAGAAAAAUUUCAGGAACAAAGAAGCACAAUCUUUAUUAAUGCUACUAAUUUAUUAUGUGCCUAAUUUAAGCCCAUUUUUAAGCAAAAAUAGUUGUCAAGUAAAGCCACUUAAACUGAUAUAAUUAGAAAGAGCUGAGAGGGUAAAAGAGCAUUUUGAAUGUCCUAUGUAUGGCAUAUCCUGUACACUGAUUUGAGGUCUGAGUUUUGGUAUUUUUAUAUAAUUUUAUCUUAUCUUGUGCAUCAGCUGUGUAUUUUACAUCAAGGUAAAUAAGCAUCCUGUUUUAUAUGUUGAAUAAAAAAUGACUCAAAGAAAA